CCAGGACAAGGUGUUCUGCUUCAUCCAUCUGAGUGUUCAGGAGUUUCUGGCUGCUCUUCAUGUCCAUCUGACCUUCAUCAACUCUGGACUCAAUCUGCUGGAAGAACAAAAAAACUCCCAGAAGUCUGAAACAGGAGAAUCUGCAGAGAAACACUUCUACCAGAGUACUGUGGACAAGGCCUUACAGAGUCCAAAUGGACACCUGGACUUGUUCCUCCGCUUCCUCCUGGGUCUUUCACUGCAGACCAAUCAGACUCUCUUAGUAGCCCUGAUGUCACAGACAGGAAGUAUCUCACGAAUCACUCUACCAAAAGUCCAGUACAUCAAGGAGAAGCUCAGUGAGAAUCUGUCUGCCGAGAAAAGCAUCAAUCUGCUCCACUGUCUGAAUGAACUGAAUGAUCGUUCUCUAGUGGAGGAGAUCCAACAGCACAGGACUUCAGGAAGUCUCUCCACAGGUAAACUGACUCCUGCUCAGUGCUCAGCUCUGACCUUCAUCUUGCUGUCAUCAGAAGAAGAUUUGGAUAAGUUCGAUUUCAAGAAAUACUCUACUUCAGAGGAGGCUCUUCUGAGAAUGCUGCCAGUGGUCAAAGCCUCCAACAAAGCUCUACUGAGCAGCUGUAACAUCUCAGAGGAAGGCAGUGAAAAUCUGUUGUCAGUCGUCAGCUCCCAGUCCUGUAAUCUGAGAGAGCUGGACCUGAGUAUCAACAGCCUGAAGGCUUCAGCAGUAAAGCUUCUGUCUGCUGCAGUGGAGAGUCCACACGCCAAACUGAAUAUUCUGAGACUUAACAUCUGUGAACUCUCAGAGGAAAACUGUGAAGCUCUGUCCUCAGUUCUCAGCUCACAGUCCUCUAGUCUGACAGAGCUGGACCUGAGUAUCAGAAAGCUGCAGGAUUCAGGAGUGAAGCUUCUGUCUGCUGGACUACAAAGUUUAAACUGUAAACUGAAUACUCUGAGACUGAGUGGCUGUAACCUGUCAGAGAGAAGCUGUGAAACUCUGUUGUCAGUUUUCAGCUGCCAGUCAUCCAGUCUGAGAGAGCUGGACCUGAGUAACUCUGACCUGCAGGAUUCAGGAGUGAAGCUUCUGUCUGCUGGACUAAAGAUUUCACAGUGUGCAGUGGAAACUCUCAGCACUCCAGUCACUCCGGUGUGUCAGCCAGGACACCACUGAAGGCCAAAUGAUCCC